AUGGCUGCUAUCUCUGAGAGUCCUGUCUACCGGGCUACUACUACUGCCCCUGUUAACAUUGCCGUUAUCAAAUACUGGGGAAAGCGUGAUGCCACUUUGAAUCUGCCCACCAACUCUUCCCUAUCCGUCACCCUAUCUCAGCGCUCUCUCCGCACACUCACCACUGCCUCAUGCUCUGCCAACUACCCCGCCGCCGACGAGCUCACGCUCAAUGGCAAGUCGCAGGAUAUUCAGUCCUCCAAGCGUACUCUGGCUUGCCUCGCUAGCCUACGGGCUCACCGACAAGAACUCGAGAAUACCGACUCGUCCCUUCCUAAGCUCUCUGCCCUCCCGUUGAGGAUCGUUUCCGAAAACAACUUCCCCACCGCCGCGGGCCUCGCCAGCUCGGCUGCCGGAUUCGCAGCCUUGGUCCGCGCCGUGGCCGAUCUCUACAAGCUUCCCCAGUCGCCAACAGAGCUCAGUCGUAUAGCCCGCCAGGGUUCCGGCUCGGCUUGUCGCUCUCUGAUGGGAGGUUACGUCGCCUGGCGCGCCGGUGAGCUCGCAGACGGAAGCGACAGUCUUGCGGAGGAGGUUGCGUCGCAAGCCCACUGGCCUGAGAUGCGCGCACUUAUUCUGGUCGUGAGUGCAGAGAAGAAGGAUGUUCCCAGUACGACGGGUAUGCAGACGACGGUUGCAACAUCCGAGCUUUUCGCGACGCGCGCAAACGCUGUCGUCCCCGCGAGAAUGACUGCUAUUGAAAGAGCUAUCCAGAACCGUGAUUUCCCUACCUUCGCCGAAAUCACCAUGCGUGACUCGAAUGGUUUCCAUGCUACCUGCCUUGACUCGUGGCCUCCCAUCUUCUACAUGAAUGAUGUCUCCAGGGCCGCUGUCAGGCUCGUACACGAUAUCAACAAUGCCGUCGGCCGCAAUGUGUGCGCGUACACUUUCGACGCCGGCCCUAAUGCUGUCAUUUAUUAUCUGGAGAAGGACUCUGAGAUAGUUGCGGGAACAUUUAGGUCGAUUCUCGGCACAGAGCUCGAGGGAUGGUCUGGUCCCUUCUAUGACGCCGUAAAGGACAUCGGUUCUGGCGUCUCUCUGGAUCAGGUGGACUCUCGGGCUGUUCACGUGCUAAAGACCGGAUUGAGCCGUGUAAUCCUCACCGGUGUCGGUGAGGGUCCGGUCAGCGUGGAGGACCACCUCGUCGGUGAGAAGGGUGAGAUCCUCUCUACCCAAUAG